CUAACAAAAGUAUAUUUAUGGUGGUGGUGAGAAAGUAGACCCAAACGUUUUUCAUGAGGGUACCUGUCAUAUCAGCUGAAAAACGGUACAAAAUAAACAAAUAAAUAUAUAAAUAUAGGUUAUGCUAGCUCCCCUCCCCGCUCUGUCUUUCUAGCAAUGCGUCACUUUCCCCCCGCUUAUUUUUCCUGAGUCACCGCUGUGUGGACCGACGGUCUCCCGUCUCUACGUCCAGGGUUCUGGCUCCUGUCAGGCUCUAUGACCCAAGUGGCUUCCAGACGUGUUGCCAUGACAGCUCUGGUGCCACCUCCUGCACUGCCGCUCACCAACAGACAUCCAUCUCCUUCUCGAUCACCAUCCAGCCCUACAGAGCUGUCGCAGGUGCUGCAGGAUAAGGAACGUCGUGUGCAGCAGCAGCUGGAACGCCGUGCUGAGGAGCGAGGGAGGAAGAUGGAGGAGCAGAAGAGAAAGGAAAAGCAGCGCAGGGGAGCAGCCGAGGAGAAGAGACGGCAGCAGAAAGAGGCUGAAAAGGAGCGACUGGAGGCCCUGGUUCGCCGGAGAGGUGGGGGUGCUGAUAGACGAGGAAGAGGAGGUGGAGCAGGAGAGGCCCAGGAUCACCUGGAUAACAGACCCAAGCGAUGGACAUGGGGAGGACCUCCUGAUGGAGUGGAAGGUAACCCUAAGACCCCGCCCUGCCAUGCCAUUGGCUCUGCUCAGCCCAAUGAGCUUCCUGCUGCUUCCAGUGCCAACCAGUCCCGUAACGUUGACUUCUUGACUCCACCCAUGACGGAUCAGCCAAUCAACAAGCAGCUUUCUAACUCUUCAGCAGCCCUCCACUCACCAGAACGAGUGUCUUUUGUGUCUCAUCGAACAGCUUCCCCCAAUAAUCACAGACCGUACAGGAGUUCCUCCAACCGCAGAAGCAUCACUGGAUUCCCGGAGGAUGCGUCCAGAGCCAGAACACCGACGGGAGAGACACCAAACACACCAGUCCGUAGCGCUUCCUUCAAGGCCAACAGCAAGGGUCCCGCCACACCAAAGCGAGUGAGAUCCAACAGGAGUCGGGCCCAGUCUCCCUGCUCCCCUGGACAGUUCCCCACCUCCCCACUCCGACAGAGAGCCACCACGCCCGGCACCGAUGACCGGGGUCACACCGAGUUUAAAGGCCACAGCACCCUGGAGAGGAAAUCCACCAAACCUGAGACUUCAGAGAAGAAGAUUCCCAAAUCCAGCAGCAGAGAGCUGAACGCAGAGUCUCCAGGCACUCCAACAGGCAGAAGUGUUGGGGGGACGAUGGAUGCUGAGGAGGCGUCCAGGCUGCUGGCAGAGAGACGUCGGCUGGCUCGAAUCCAGAAGGAGCAGGAGGAGAGGCAACGGCAGGAGGAGGAGAGGCUAAGAGCUGAGGAGGAGCAGAGGAGGCAGCAGGAGGCGAGAGAGCGACAGGAGAGAGCAGCACGACAGGCCGAGGAGGAGCGAGUGAGGAGGGAGGAGGACAGGAGGAUCAAGGAGGAGGAGGAGAGACGGCAGAAGGAGCAGAGAUGGAAGGACAUGCAGGACCAGCUGGACAGAGAGAGGGAGGAGGCCUUCCUGCGAGCCCAGAGAGAGGCUGAGAGGAAGAGGCGGGAGAGGGAGAUGCUGCACAUCCAGGAAGAGCAGGAGAGGCUGCAGAGGAGGAAGAGAAUUGAGGAGAUUAUGAAGAGGACGAGGAAGAGUGAAGUGGAGCCUCCAUCAGCUGCCUCAGACCCAAACGCUCUGUUUGCAGCCGGUGAGGUGAGAGCUGAAGCUGCUGUUGCCUCUGAGGACGAUGCUCCGACUCCUGAAACCCCCGUCAUUACGCUGGGUCCUCUGGAGAAUAAGAGCUGUCUGGAUGAGCUUUCUGAUGGAGUCCAGUCCAUGGAUGUCAGCUCUCCAUCUGUCUCCAUCAGUCCUGUGUCCAGGGAUGAGCAGGCUAGCGCUCAGGAGUUUUCACCUGUCACAGAGGGACCAGAUGUCUGUCCCCUGGAGCACCUGAUGGAAGUGGACGCAUCGGGACGAGGACACCGACAGGGUGCAGAAACACCCCCCUACUCAAAACUGCAAGCUGGCAGUGGGGUCGGAGACCUCAACAAGAACCUGCUGAUUCAAGCGUACAGCGUCGCCUCUGAAGCCUCCCAGCUGAUCCCCAGCGUCGGCCCGAGCAAACUGGACGUACAGUAGCCAGAGCUUUUCAUAUGCUGGCAGAUAAAAACUGAAGCUGGGAGACAAAGACCAAGAGACCACCACCUCCAUCUGCAACAAAAACAACAAUCAUCAUCUUCACAAGGGACAACUGCUCAACGCCUGAUCUCUGCAUACACCCGCACAACUGUUAGCUUUUCGUCACGUUUUGAUGCAGUGCAGCUGGGCAGCUGGUGAAAACAUUCUAGCUUGACUGUCAAUCAAAAACCUCCACGUUCAGACCUGUAAAAGUCACCCAGACUCUACACUUUAAUCAUGCUAUGAAACUCUAAGGCAUGAGCUGAAGCUUGAGGUUAAUUAUGAGAUGAAAUCUGCACACAUUAAGCCACUCUUGUACAUAUUUCACACUGAAGACACCUGACACUGAGCUGUAGCUUUUCAUGAGCUUUAUUUUCCUCCACAACUCAUUACAUCUCCUUCACAUCCGUUUUUGAUCAAACCAGUGUUGCCCGUCUGUGCUGCAACAAGGUGUGUCUCAAGCAUCAUCUGCUUUAAUCUCACCCCUGCUUUUAAAAACUUUGUAAAUAGAUCAGCUGGAUGGUGGAAUCUGUAAUCAUUGGGACAAGAAGCAGCUGGGUAGCCAUUAAUAAGGAGGAGAGUGAAGCUGUUAUGUAAAUCCUGUGUAGCAUCUCCAGUGAGGACUAGUUAGCUGAGCUGUUUUAUAGGCUGUGGUUGUAGCUGUGUACCACCUGUCAGUGUUUCUGAUGGUUCCUGUGCGUUUAUCCCACCACUGAUCUUCUCUACUGCUGACAGCCACUCCCACUUGUGUAAAACACAUUUCUUGUCAUCCUGAGGCUGGAGAAACUACAAACAAUUAUAUUGUAAGUCUGCUGUUAACCUGUAACACGUAGCCUAUAGCUUUGGUUUCUCUACUGCUUGUCGCUCCAUUGAAGGACUUGAGGGGACUUGCAGUGAUCCACGGCAGGGUAUGGACGCAGUCAUUUGGGGGAAAAGAGUGAAAAAUGUUAAAUGUCUUGUAUUUUUAUCUGCAGGUCAGGAAUUUAUUGACAGUGUGACGUGUGUUUGUCUGGCACUGACUGUACUGUAACCAUGCAGUUUGUAGUAUGCACUUACAGAAGUUGUGUUUCGCCGCUUUGAUGACGCUUGCACCUUCACUUCAGCUCGUUCCCCUGACUAAAACAUACCUCACUGAUUCAACACAGACUCUUUUGUUAAACAGAGUUCACCACCUCACAGCUCAUCACCUCUGAGGCCUUAAACCUCUGUGCAGUCAAGAUCUUUCCCUCUGUCAGCCUUCUGUGCCCUCUAGCACGAGCACUUUUCACUGCUUAAAGGAACUACAGAAACAAGAUCCACGUAUUCAUAGAUAUCUUGAGGGAAUUUCUUUGCUUUCCAGAUAAGGCAGGUCUGUGAGGGGAACAUCACAAUAUCCAUGUUUACACUUACAAGUUCACGGUGGUUUAAUGGUGUCUUCAAGCCAGCAUACCUUUUCAUCUCAAUGCUUGAAUCUCAGAGCAGAAAAGCUCUUUGCAUUUAGACAGUAGGGCCCUGGAGACACAGCAAGUCACCCAACCUGUAUUAUAUAUAAAUCCUGCAGGUUGGGUAAAUGAAAAUAGCUGCUCCUGACGCCUUACAGUUGACUUACAGAUAUAUCCAUCAAGGAUGUCCUUAGAAUAAUAAGCUCUGCAAAAAUACACUUUAAACUUGUUAAAAACAACAAAUCUCCAUCUGCACCUGAAUCUGGCAAGAAAAGCCGAGGUGUUCCUUACACUGAUUGCAGGCAAUGUUCUGCAACACUGCUCUUUAUGCCAUACCACUGGAAUUCCUUCAUUUGGAUAUAUUUGUUAAGUUUAAUGGUCGUGUACUGGUUCUUCAGUUAUUUAAGCAUCUUCAGAGCCAACAUCUUCAUCAGCCAAGAAGAAACAAGUCCAGUCUCUUUUAUUCAAGCUCCUAGGUUCAUUGCUGUAUUAUUAUUAUUCAAAUUGUGCUGCAGCCAAAAGAUAUGAAGUGGUAAACUGUUAAGUUUCCUUCAUCUUAAGCUGCUGGUAUCCCCGUCUCAGCACACAUGUAAACCCAACCUUUCACUCUCGCUGAUACCAGAGUAGUCUCGUCUGUCCCAAGGGGUUUUUCCUGGGACAAAAGCCUUGGAACGUAGCCCUGAGAGAGGCCCAAACAAGCCCUGCUUACGUUCUGGUGGUGUCAAAUGGAAGCUUUAUUGGCCCUGGCGUGUACUCACUCACCCACUUUAGGCCUGUUAGUGUAAACAUGGCUAUUUCUGUAAAAGCAUGGUUCAACCAGCCUUGGUUUCAGAACACAAACCUUCACAGGCCCCAGACACCUCAGAGUCUCUGUGUUGAGGAUAAUGAUGUAGCCAUGACUUUACAACUACACAUCCAUUAAGAUAAUACAUUCACAUCCACCCAUAAAGCAUUUCUAGCAAUCAUAAGGUAAUAGAUCUUUUAUUUACUCAGCUGCUUGCAGAGUACAAAGAAAGAGGGAGAUGUUGAUGGCCUGUAGUUUAUUCUUGUAAAUUGAACCAGGUGCAACAGAGUGUUUCCUAUAAACUCUGCUUUUGUGUGAAAGGAGCUCUGCUGCUCCACCUCGCUGCCAUGUUGAGGUAAGGAAACAUUUACCAUCACUGCUGAGGUCAAAGCAGUGACAGUAAACAUUGAUUUACAUCAUCCCGACAGCUCCUUUCUCUCCAUGUUUGCUUAUCAUUCUCCAGAUUCUGCUGCAAGUAGAGGUUUCUUCCGGGUCCCUCUGUAUAUGAAGUAAACAUAAAGGACAUAGUGUUUAUCUUAAUAUUACCUAAACUCUGUGACACUGCAGCUUGGUGGAAUAUAUCAUUGUAGAUGUGGUGCAUGGAUACUUGCUGAAAAAGACAAAUAAAAAUCAUUGAACCAUU